AUGGACAACAAUCCACCUGAAGAAGGACCCUUUGGGCCAAUUUCUGAAUGGGACGACUUCGGAGCUCCUGCUACCACCGAUGAUCUGGGGGCCAACACAGCCUUUCAACCCAAUAUAAAUAAUAUUUACAUGGGUCGUCCUCAGGAUCAUCCCACCUAUCCAGCCUAUCCUUCUCGAGUCCAUGUCAGCAAUGAUGGCUCGCCCGUCAGAGGCGGACAGCGGCAAGCCGGGAUACCAUCGCAAGGGCAUACUUUUGGAGAGCAAGCACAAAGCAAUACAUACCCCCUUUCGAAUUACACUUACCAGCAACAGUUGGGAGGUGUGUCUAACCAAGCCUUUUCUGGUGGCCAUUUGGGCAGAGAUGAGUCUCCUUUUGAUGCCCCCAAUUCUUAUGGGUCAAACAUGCUCUCCUCCGAUCAACAAAUGUUUCACCAGUGGGGCCAAAGACAGCUCGUGCCUGUUGGUAUUGGUUCGGGCUACACCCAGUAUCCGACAGUGCAGUCAUCCAUAGUGGCUCCAACUGGCAACUACAGUUUUGGCCAACAACCGUAUUCGAACACACUAGGAGCUAUGCGGCCUCCAUCUGGAAACAUGAAUUUCAACAAUCAAACACUUGGGACCGCAACAGAGUCUCUUAUCUUGCCUCAAUCUGGCGUAGGAGAGCCCAACCAAGCGCAGCAGAUUAUGGAUAUGUUGAAUCGACCAGCUCGAUUGGGUGCACGCAGACCAUCGCCACCAGGAUCUGGCACGCGAACAAGUACACCUUUGCGAGCCAAUACCGCAAACACCACAGAGGCUCCACUCGGCGCAACACGCCGAAGCUCGCAGAAUAUACCAGACCUUACUGUUCCAUCUCGUCAAACUCCUUCUAGGCCUGCUCGUUCAUGUGCAACACCGACCGCAGAGGACGUGCGGAACAAUGUGAAACUUACCGCUCCACGCUCAAACGCGUAUGAGAGAUUUCCUGCCAACCAUCCGGUCUCCGCAGAAGUUGUCAAGAUGCGAACAGGAUGGCAUUCCGGUCUCAAUCACUUUGCAAAAUAUGGUGAUGACGAGGAGCCUCGACUCAAGUAUGCCAUGAAACUUGGUCGUGGAAGAAGGCCAGGUGGUGGAAAAAAGGGGCCUGAUGGAAAGCCAGAAGACGCGUAUAGCUAUGAUCAUCCGGUUCCGGCAGCAAUCCUACCGGCUCGGUUGGGCUUGAUGAGUUUCAUGCGACACUGGCCGAACCAUGCCUGGGGCCAGGGAAUUCGUCUGCUCAUGGCCGAGGGCGUUGAGCCUCACCAACUCUGGCACAACCUUCCCGUAGUUGCUCGCCAUUCUAAGUACGCCCCCAGACCUUGGAAUUAUGUGCAGCACGUCUAUUCCCGGGAAACUGCUAGGAUGGCCUUUGAACAAACUGGAGUCAAACGCGUCCCCAAGGCGCGGGGGACAAAGAGAAACAAAUCGUCAGAUGGUGUCGAGCCUCAAGGGAGCGGAAAGAAGCUGAAGCCCAAUCCUGAAAGGACAACUCCACCACCAUCGACAGAGCCCAGAGUCGACCCAAGCUCACCAUUGACUCCACUGAGAGAGACCAGAGACAUACAACCACGUAAACGAUACCUGUAUGUCGCACCAGAUUCGCUCACUCUGGAGGACUAUCGUUACAAGCUGGGCCACAAGAAAGCUGUAUUUCUAGAGACGGUGAGGCGUACCAUGUCAGUGACAGAUGAAGUCUUUGCCAGAGCCGAUCCCGAGUUCCAGGUUACGCACCUUGAGAAUGUUAUGGACGCAUAUACUACGCGACAUGCUCGGCAUCUCCGCAUUAGGAACAACCUGCCCAAGGCAGAUGCACUCUGGAAAGAUGAUGACCAGGCUGACUGCAUGAUGAGGGCAUUGAAACAGGAUAGGGGCUAUGCUCAAAUGGUAGGCGAAAGCAAUGAAGCCUACAUUUACCGCUUGCGCAUAGUGGUCAUGAAGAACCUGCUCACCUGGAUGGACAACAGAAUCGAGGAAAAGCAGGAGGAGUUGAAGAAGCUGUUCCCGGCUGAGAACGACAUGGAGGCUGAGGACGAAGGCGCAGACAUCUAUGGUGAGGAAGACCAAGAAGCAGAUUGGGACGCAGAAAUGGAUCCAGCUGGAGAAGAGGAACAAGAGGAGCAACCAGCUCAGACCGAACAAGCUGCUGGCGACGACCAGGCGAUUGAAUAA